AGCAGAUCAUCACAAAAGAAGAAGAAAAUACGGAAAUAAAAGAAAAAUGGGAAAAAAUAUGUACUAAAUCAGAAGAGGAAAACAGGAAAAUCUGAAUCUAGGUACACAGAAAAAAUAAAGAAUCAAGAAGGACCUAAGAAGAUGUGCAAAGAGGAGAUUUGAUUGAUUGAUAGUUUAUUGUUGCAGAUAAACAAGAGGAGAAGGGAAAAGAAGAAAACAGGGAAAUAAAAUAAAGAAAUGGGAAAAUAGGUCAAUCGGAAAGGAUAAAAUAGGAAAGUCUGAAUAUAGGGAGACAGAAAAGUGAAACACUCAAGAAGGACCCAAGAAGCUAUAAAGGAAGGAGAAGAAGAAGAGGAGGAGGAAGCAAACAAGUCCCCUGUGACAUCAAGAUCAAGGUCGAGGUCCGCCGCGUGCCCUGAAGUGCCCUGGCAGUGUUUCUCGUGGAGGAGGAGGAGCCCCUCGGCGUGCAGGCCCCCAGGCACAUGACUUUGUGUCCCAAUGUCCACCACUGGUGUUAGUGUUGAAGUGAGGCAUCGAGACAGUUGCUGUGGUCAGUACUUGUUCCGUCCCUGCUGCCGCUGACUUCAGGACUCCUUGGUGCAUCCCUCGCCUUGCCUGCUCAAUUGGUCACUGAGUGUGGCUUUGAAGCAACCUCGCCGCCUUCUCCAGCAUCUCUGAGGUUCCUCAAGGCCAGCCAACUCCUCACAUCCAGAGUAGUGUUGCAGUGGAGGCUGCAAGGCGGGACAGCAGCUGGAGUGGCUGGGAUCAGCAGGAGCAGACUGCUACUGGUGUGAGGUUCAGGAGUGAUAAAAAACACCACCAACAACAACAACUGCUGGCCUCUUCAUCCACAAAGGGGGAAGUUUGAAUUUCAGAAGUGUGAGAAGAUCUGAGAAUGAGAGCAAGUUUACUGACCAAAGCCAAGAGUGUGAGAAAAGACAUGCAGGGAAGGAUGACCUCAACAAAUACACCCACACACUCUGGUGUAAGACCUCAUGAAAGUCGGGAGUGUGGCAAAAGGUUUAGUAAUAGGAGUAACCCCAAACAUCACACCCUUACACACACUGGUGCAAGAAACCAUGAGUGUGAAGUUUGUGGGAAAUGUUUCAAUCAGAAGGGUCACUUCAACACACACACCCUUACACACACCAGUGCAAGAAAUCAUGAGUGUGAAGUUUGUGGGAAAUGUUUCAAUCAUAAGGGUCACCUCAACACACACACCCUUACACACACUGGUGCAAGAAACCAUGAGUGUGAAGUUUGUGGGAAAUGUUUCAAUCAGAAGGGUACCCUCAAAUUACACACCCUUACACACACUGGUGAAAGAAAUCAUGAGUGUGAAGUUUGUGGAAAAUGUUUCAGUCGGAAGGGUACCCUCAAAUUACACCUUGUUACACAUACUGGUGAAGGAAAUCAUGAGUGUGAAGUUUGUGGGAAAUGUUUCAGUCUGAAGGGUAUCCUCAAGAAACACACCCUUACACACACUGGUGAAAGAAAUCAUGAGUGUGAAGUCUGUGGGAAAUGUUUCAGUCAGAAGGGUACCCUCAAAUUACACACUCUUACACACACUGGUGAAAGAAAUCAUGAGUGUGAAGUUUGUGGGAAAUGUUUCAGUCUGAAGGAUACCCUCAAGAAACACACCCUUACACACACUGAUGAAAGAAAUCAUGAGUGUGAAGUUUGUGGGAAAUGUUUCAGUCUGAAGGGUACCCUCAAGAAACACACUCUUACACACACUGGUGAAAGAAAUCAUGAGUGUGAAGUUUGUGGGAAAUGUUUCAGUCACAAGGGUACCCUCAAAUUACACACUCUUACACACACUGGUGAAAGAAAUCAUGAGUGUGAAGUUUGUGGGAAAUGUUUCAGUCUGAAGGGUAACCUCAAGAAACACACUCUUACACACACUGGUGAAAGAAAUCAUGAGUGUGAAGUUUGUGGGAAAUGUUUCAGUCGGAAGGAUAACCUCAAAAUACACCUUGUUACACACACUGAUGCAAGAAAUCAUGAGUGUGAAGUUUGUGGGAAAUGUUUCAGUCAGAAGGGUACCCUCAAAUUACACACUCUUACACACACUGGUGAAAGAAAUCAUGAGUGUGAAGUUUGUGGGAAAUGUUUCAGUCAGAAGGGUACCCUCAAAUUACACCUUGUUACACACACUGGUGAAAGAAAUCAUGAGUGUGAAGUUUGUGGGAAAUGUUUCAGUCGGAAGGGUACCCUCAAAUUACACCUUGUUACACACACUGAUGCAAGAAGUCAUGAGUGUGAAGUUUGUGGGAAAAGGUUCAAACUGAAGAGUAUAUUGGACAGGCACGUCUUCAGACACUCUGGUCAUAAAGGGUUCAAGUGCGAUGUUUGUGGGAAACGUUUCAUGACUAAGUGUGAUAUUGUCAGGCACAUGAAGGUCCACUUCUCCUGAGGUGCUGUGCUGAUUCAGUUCUGCUGUGUGUGUGAGUGCAAGUGUUUGUUGUGGUGGUGUUACAGGGCUGUGUGUAGCACAGAGAACAGAAAAUAUUCAUCUGUUGGAACAAAUGGUGACUGUGACGGCAUGAUCUGUUAUUCACUUUCCACCCCAGGCUUCAUGUGGUUGGUGGGUCCUGUGAAAGGUCUGAUCUUUUGGUGACUGUGCUGGGCUGGCUGUUGUGGCCUGGGCUUAUUGGUCAAGUGUGUGUGUGUUAAUAGUAAUAAUAUAGUGUAUUUGGUCUUACCAGCCGCUAAGCUAAAAAUGUACACAUUAUAAACACAUUGUAAAGAACAGUAGGUAGGGGUUCAGGGAUCUAACACAUCAGUGGGAGGUUGGAAUGAUAGUGGUGGGAGGGUUGAGUGCAGUGUGGUGGUGCCGGGGAGGGGGAGGACAUCCUCUUCCAGAUGGUGGCAAGGUGUUAGUCCCAAGGUGUGACAUUCAUGUAGGUGUGAAAGAGGGGUGACGAUAUGAUUGAGCACAUGCUACUUGAGUGAUGUAUGUAUAUAAGAGAGAAAAGGGGAUUAUGGUAACAGUUGUGACUGAAUGGAAUAGGAUGUUGGAGAGGGAUGUAAAAAGGUUAAAUGCAUGCAAUAUUAUUUCAGCUGAGGUCAUUUUCAAAGCAGACAAUUGUUGUCAUUCAGUAGAUCAUGUCAUUCUUAAUCAUCAGAAAUCAUUUUCAAGACUCAAUUCAGACCUGUCACAUUGCGUAGAUCUUGUCAUUCUUAGUCAGUUGAGGUCAUCUUGAAGCCAACAAUUCUUGUUUCAUAGUUCAAUUCUUGUCAUUUUCCCUCUUUUUGUUCCUCGGAUAUAUUUUUCAAAUUAAUAUCAUUUAUUUCCAUUUAUUUCAUUUUGGGAGCAGGCAUAAAGGCCAGGUUAUGUUAGGUUACCUUAUAUUUAGUUUAAUUAGGUCAGAUCAGGUUAGGUUACGUUUAAUUUGAUUAGGGUAGUUAGUUUUAAUUGUGUUCACUGAAUGUGUAAUAUGCUUCAGUUAUAUAAUGUGUACUCGCCAUUGCCAAUGGAGCUUGGGAAUAAUAACACAUGACUUAGUCAUUCACUUUUUUUAUUGGAUUAACCUGCAGUUUGAGUAUUACAGCUUGAUGUAGCACGUAACAGCUGAUACAGCACAACAAAUAAGUAAUUACUGAGAAAUCAUCUAUACAGGAAGGUAGUUGGUGUGGAAGAGAAAUGGCUACUAACUCUGCCCUGUGCACAGGGGGUGAUAAGUGGUGCCACAAAGAGAUGCUCAGGGCUGAGAAAUGUAAAUCAAGUAGUGGUGCAUUACAGGUGCCCAGUUUGUGAAAGACGGGACAGGAAACGGAGGAAAUAGGUAACUGGAACUGUGUGGCAAAGCAGAAGGGAGGAAAGGACCUGCAGAAGCCACUGCCUCAACAGACUAUUGGAAAUGGUUUGACUAUAGUAAGUCUG